AUGGUUGCCACUCAUCAUCUUGCGGCCCCUAUCCCCACCGAACUUCCCGACCUUGAAUCCGAUGAAUACUUCUCUGAAACGCAAUGGCAGGUCUUGUUCAUGUUAAUCGACGCCGUUAUCCCGUCGAUUGUUGCCGAGCCAAGCGUGACAGACCGGAAGGCCCAGUUGUGCAUUUCCCAGUCCCAGUAUGACGAAGCCUAUGAACACACCCAGAGAUCUCUGGAAUAUCCACCAAGCCAAGAGAAAUUCCGUCAAUAUAUGGAAGCGAGCGCGUUAGACAACAUACGAUUUGCACGAUUGCUUAAACGCACCAUACAAGGCCUCCCACUCACCAGUCGUAGACAACUAGGGCGUAUCCUGAAUAUAAUAGCGACCCAUACUGGUAGUCUAGCUGCAACGGGCUACUAUACCCCCGUGCAAGAACAGCCAGUCCAUAUCAGAGAAUCAAUCAUCCGAGCAUGGAACCAAUCCUGGAUCAGCGCCUGGCCGUUCCUCGCGAAGACCAUCACCAAAUUAGCCCGGGUAUGUUUCGCUAAAACGGACCCCCUAUUACACGAAAUUAGCGACUACAAGGAUGUCGUCGACGACUACAAGCCCGGGCCAUCAUUCGACUUUAACUUCAUGCAAUUCUCAGCCGGAACCGAGCCCGAAACAAUCGAGACCGACGUCGUAAUCGUCGGCUCCGGCUGCGGAGGAGCAGUAUGCGCUAAGGUCCUCGCGGAGGCCGGCCACAGGGUCAUCGUCGUUGAUAAGGGCUACUACUUCCCCCCUCCCCAACUCCCGAUGACCGUCGAAGCGGCCCAUGAAUAUCUUUAUGAGGGCGGCCCUGCCAUGACGGCCGAUGGCUCCACGAAUGUGAUUGCGGGGAGUUGCUGGGGAGGCGGCGGGACUGUGAACUGGAGCGUUUGCUUGCAGCCUCAGGGGUAUCUGCGGCAGGAAUGGGCGGAUGAGGGACUGAGCUUUUUCACGACGCAGGAGUUCCAGAAUUGUCUUGAUCGCGUGUGUGAUUUUAUGGGUGUUAGCGAUGCUCACAUACGACAUACUCACGGAGCACAAGUUAUCCUCGAGGGGGCAACGAAGCUUGGCUGGUCUGCUAAGUCGUGCCCUCAAAAUACCGGAGGUGCCGAACAUUAUUGUGGCAGGUGUUCGCUCGGCUGCGGAUCUGGUGAGAAGCGCGGCACAACUGUAAGCUGGCUUCCGGCUGCCAGUCAGGCGGGCGCAAGAUUUAUUGAGGGGUUCAAGGCCGACAAGAUACUAUUUGAUGAGACGCGCGGGUCUAAACAGGCAAUCGGAGUGCUGGGGACAUGGACAUCGCGAGAUAAGGAUGGGAAUGUCCAUACCCCUGAGUCGGACAGGGUUCAGAAACAACUUCGAAUCAAGGCGAAGAAAGUAAUUGUAGCGUGCGGCACAUUCCAAAGUCCAAUGCUAUUGAUGAGAAGCGGAUUGAAGAAUCCCCAUAUCGGCAAGAAUCUCCACAUACACCCCGUCAGUCACCUCAAUGCUGCUUUUGACAAGGAUGUCAAAGGUUGGGAAGGUAGUAUUUUGACGAGCGUGUGUACUAGUUUUGAGAAUCUCGACGGUAAAGGGCACGGAGUUAAGCUCGAGCCGAGUAGCAUGGUUCUAGAUAUGUUUUUAUUUGAACAUCCGUGGCAUAAUGCCUUACAGUGGAAGCUUGACGCGCUCCGCUGUCGACAGAUGAAUACCUACAUCUCCAUAGCUCGGGAUCGCGACACCGGCCGCGUGUAUCCGGACCCAGAUGACGGUCGACCUAUCGUCGAUUAUCACCCGUCAGCUUUCGACCGCAAGCAUAUACUAGCCGGUGUUGUUGCCCUAGCAAAGAUGUGCUACAUCCAGGGUGCGACCGAAAUCUGGGCCUUCGUUCACAGCAUGCCAUCGUUCGUACGGCGUUCCAAGCCGACCGAUCCUACUACGGAAAGGGGCGAAGACGAUGACAUUGAUCAAGGGAUUAACGACCCCGAAUUCGCUGCCUGGAUCGAUAAACUCGAGCACACUGGGCUGAGCUCUCCGGACGCGACAUUCACCUCGGCGCAUCAGAUGGGUACUAACCGUAUGAGUGCACACCCAUCACGCGGCGUCGUCGACCCCGAAGGUAGGGUAUGGGAGGCGCAGAACUUGUAUGUGGGUGACGCCAGUGUCUUCCCAUCUGCAAGCGGUGUAAACCCCAUGAUAACUAACAUGGCUAUCGCGGAUUGGAUUGCCAGAGGCAUCUCACGGGACUUGAAGAGAGAAGGUCGAAUUCGUGCCGCGUUGUAA